CCCGCCCCUUCCUCCCGCGCGGGGCAUGCUGGGAAAUGCGGUUCCGGCGCCGGGCCACGCCCCGGUCCGGGCGCCGCGCGGGGCUGCUGGGAGGCGGCGGCGGCGCCAUCAUGCGGAGCCGCUGGGGGAGACGGGCGGCGGCGGCCGGGGGCGGGGCCUGGCGGACCCCGGCGCGGGGGGUGGGGGAGGGGCGCACCCGCGCGCCCGGCGGCGGCUCGAGGCGCUGCUGAACCGGAGCCUGCGGAUCCGCAUGUCGGACGGGCGGACGCUGGUGGCCUUCCUCUGCACCGACCGCGACGCCAACGUCAUCCUCGGCUCCGCCCAGGAGUUCCUCAAGGCCUCGGACGCCUUCCCCGGCAGCGAGCCCCGCGUGCUGGGCCUGGCCAUGGUCCCCGGGCACCACAUCGUCUCCAUCGAGGUGGAGCGGGACGGCGCCGCCGGGCCCCCCUACCCCUGAGCCCCCGGGACCCCCAGCGCCUGACGGACCCCCCGGAUGGACCCCCAACACCGUGAGGGACUCCCAACACCGUGACAGACCCCCCCGGAUGGACCCCCCCUCUGCCUGACAGACUCCAGAUGGAUCGGCAACACCGUGACAGAUCCCAGACGGAGUCCAAACACCGUGAGGGACCCCUGCAAUGACUGAUGGACCCCAACAGUGUGAGGGUCCCUCAACAACAUAACAGACCCCCUGGAUAGACCCACAACACCGUGAAAGACACCCCCAAUGCUUCAUGGACCCCCCACCAGCGUGAGGGACCCCCAGCGCUACGACACACCCCUGGACAGAUGCCCCCCCCCCCAUCAUGAUGGAACCUCCAGUGCCUGACGGACCCCCAACACCCUGAGGGACACCCCCCCCAGUGGCCACCCAACACCGGAAUGGAAACCCCCCCCAGGGCCUGAUGGACCCCCGAUGCCUGACGGAUCCCCGGCUGGACCCCCAACGCCGGGAUGGACCCCCAACACUGGGACAGACCCAACCCCGUGAGGGACACCCCCCCCCCCCCCAACGCCUGACAGCCCCCUCCCCCAAAUGUACACCCCACCCCCACCCCAAGUCGGGCCCGGGGUGUGGGGGGGGGGUCCCUGUGGUGCCAUUAAAGCCACCGAGGUCGCAGUGUCACGGC